AUGCCCAUCAAGGCGCCGCCCUGGCCGGGGGCUGUCAGGCCUUCGUUUGGGCCGGCCGCCCCGGCGCGGCGCGGGGAGCGGAGACAGUGGCUGCGGUGGCGGGCAGAGCGCGAAGGCCGGGCCCUGGCGCGGGGAGGGCGUUAUAUCGGGCUCCCCUCGGCCCCGUCUCCCCCGAAACUCUGCCGCCCCAAACUUGGGGAAAACUUUCCCAACUUCAGACAGGGCGGGAGGAGCGCGCCGGCCUUAGUCCCUCCAGCCCCCAGUUUCUCCUCUAGGCCCCCAGUUUCAGCAGCCUGGCGGUCCCGGGGACCCACGCUUAGUCUUGAGCCGCCCUGCCCGCGGGCGAGCGCGCCCGCCCCUGUUCCCCGCCUGGCCCGCAGGGCCUCGCGGGCCCGUUACCUGCGGCCGCAGCCCAGCCCGGCUUCCCUCCCCGAGGCUGUGGCAGCUCCUAGCCUGCGCCCCACCCGCCCCGCUGCCAGGCGCCGAGCUGUGCCAGGGCAGCGCCCCUGGCAGCCCCGCCCGCCGGCUCCCCUUGCCUUCCCCUCUCCUCCCCAGCCCAUGUGCCGGCAGAGCCGGCCCCGGACCGCUGACCCCGCUGUGAACCCGCCGACGAGCAGCGGCCCAGCCGUCCCGAGUCCUCUAGGGAAGACACUUAGUGCCCUAAACGCCUGCGGCGACCCAGGACGCCCGCGCCUGAGGAUGCUCCCCGGCCGGCCCGCGCGCGAGGACCAGCCUGUCCCGGGUCGGGUCCCAUGCCUGCCCCUCCCGGUCGCCAACUCGAGGACCCACCUGGGGGGCAUGUCGGAAGCCCCGGGCCCGGCUGCCGGCGGAUCCAGGGGGGACGUGGCUGCAAUGCGCUGCCCUCCGCCCGCCGGGCCCCCGGUCGGUCUGUCCUGCCGGUCCGUCCUCCCCGCGUCCUGGUCGCGUCUCAGCCCCACCGCGCUUUCCGCACACUCUUAUCUGGAGCGGCCCGAACCGGAACGUUAUCAGUGGGAGGAGACCGUGCACCCGCUCGUGGGUGCUCCGGAAAUGUCCCUGCGCAGCUGGGCGGAGGCACCAACACCGUUGCAAGCACCGCGCCUCAGUGGCCCACGCUCCGCCUCCUCCCCGCACCUCCUGACCCCCGCCUACACCAUGGGGGGGUCCCCCCAAACCGCCCACAGCUUCUUAUUGGCUGCGCCUUCCUCCGUGGCCAAGCCGGAGAGGCUGGGGCGCAGUUACUAUGCCCGCCGCCUGCAGUUCCGGAAAGUUAACCCCUUGGAGACCAAGCCUGGGGUUACAGCGGUGACUCAGCCUAGAUGGCCCCGACUGAUUGAGCCGGGGCGGCCACGACAGACAGACACACACCUCGACCCUGCGACUCUCUCGGGACCCCUGCCCCGCAUGCUGCCCAGACGCCCCUUCCCCGUCCUGUCCCGACCCUUCGGGCUGUCCCACUGCGCCCAGGACUUCCCGCCUCUGACUCUGACGUCAACGGUCGCGUGCCUGUCCGCGCGUGUUUGGGCGGAGGGGGACGUGAGAAGCAGCAGCGCCCCAGCCGCGGGCGACGGUACAUCCCCGCCCGGGCAGUGCGCCGGCACCUUGGCUCUAGACUGCUUACUGCCCGGGCCGCCCUCAGUAACAGUCUCCAGUCACGGCCACCGACGCCUGGCCCCGCCCCAGGACCGCCGACCCCGGGCCCCUCCGCGCCUCCCUGCGCCGCUGUCCGCGGUGCUGAUGCAGCGCAGGAGCCUCCCUCGGGCCCGCCCGUCCAAGGUCCCCGUGGGCUGCUGUGGGCGCUGGUCCCGCACACGCUCGUACAGCCCCAGCCGCCCCCACCCCGCCUGCGCUGCUGACGUCAGCCUGACAGUCCCGCCCCCGCGUCUCCAGGGCAACCGUGGCUUUCGAUUGUUACUGUGGGAACCGGAGGUAACAGUCUACAGCCAUGGUCGCCCCGCAGCACGCCCACGCUCCCCACCACGCCGAGUUCUGCCAGUCCGGGUUUGGGCAGAUGCAGAGCAAGAGGAGGCGGGGCGGCGACACAACAUCCGAUGUGUCUGCGGGGGGUGGCAGGAGAGCCAGGUCCUGAAGACCAUUCACAUGGAUCUUUAUUUAGAGGACUCCCAAGGAGUGCAGGUCCUUUCCCCAGCUGAAGCCCGCCUAGAGGGGGCAGCCUAG